ACCAGUUUAUUUGAAAGAUCGAAUCCUAUUCAGCUGAACACGUCAGACAAAAAAAAAAAAAAAACAUAUACGCGGUAUUUUUUGCCAAGUGGGGGGGAGACCUGCAUUAUUUAAUUCUUCAUCGUACCAACUUACUAUAAAUAUUAUAUUUUAUAUGGACAUGUUGAUAUUGUGAUUUUGUGUGUUCUGUUUUUUAUUUCCUUGUGUAUCCUCUUAUUGUUGAGGCCUCACCAUUUCUUUAACUCCAAUGACUUGUUCGGACUCCUGGGUUGGAAUUGUGUAGAAAUCUGGGGCUGGAAUAUGUGGAUCUGUAUCUGAUUCACUGGCCAGUGAGGUUGAGACCAGGGGUUGAAGGUUUCAAUUUCACUGCGGAGGACGUUGCUUCCGUUUGACAUAGAAGGAACAUGGAAGGCCAUGGAAGAAUGCCACAAAUUGGGCUUAGUCAAGUCUAUUGGGGUCAGCAACUUUGGCACCAAAAAGCUUACCCAGCUCUUAGAUAAUUCUGCAAUCCCUCCUGCAGUUAAUCAGGUGGAAAUGAACACAUCAUGGCGUCAGGGAAAAAUAAGACAGUUUUGCAAGCAGAAAGGGAUCCAUGUGAGUGCAUGGUCACCUCUAGCAGCAUACGGAUUACGUUGGGGCUCCAAUGCUGUGAUGGAGAAUCCAGUCCUUAAGGAAAUUGCUGAGGCUAGAAAAAAAAAUAUAGCUCAGAUAGCAGUGAGAUGGAUAUACGAGCAAGGGGCUAGCGUUAUAGUGAAAAGCUUUAAUAAGGAGAGGAUGAAACAAAACCUAGAAAUAUUUGAUUGGGAGCUAAGCAAAGAGGAAUCAGACAAGAUCAACCAGAUUCCACAACGCAGGAUGUACGCGGGAGAAAUGUUCCUAUCUGAAAAUGGGCCUUACAAGUCCUUAGAAGAACUCUGGGACGGUGAUAUCUGAAUCAAACCUCAUUCAUAUGCAGCUUGAGGAGAAUAAUAGUUAAUAAAGUCCUUAGAAGAACUCUGGGACGGUGAUAUCUGAAUCAAACCUCAUUCAUAUGCAGCUUAAGGAGAAUAAUAGUUAAUUAACUAUGAUUCUCCUUGAGAGAAAACUGUAAAUGAGUAUACUUCGAGAUGUGGACAUCAUAUAUAGCUAUAUUCUCUUGUACUUUCUUUCCAAAUAAACAAGGGAAACUUCAGCAAA